AUGUCUUCGAAUAGCACACCCUAUCCAGACAUCCGCGACGAUGCAGUCGUGCGACCGGGAGGGAGAUUCGCUUACGGCAACUGGCUGCAGCCCAUUAUUAAUGCGAACGACCAGUCUGUCUCAGAAACAGCGGCAGAAAGCCAGCCCAUAGACGCGCCUGCACCAACGCGUCGUGGGCGUGGCAGGCCGCGUAUAACGAAACCACGCAAUGAGACCGCCACUGAGAAACGCCGUGCCCAAGUACGCGAAGCACAACGUACAUACCAGAGGCGCAAAGAGACUACCACAACAAGCGAAAAGCGGCGCGUGGACGAGCUUCUGCAAGUUCUCUCCGACCUGUCUUCGGGUGUCGAAGCUCUACUCCAGGUAUCCUUGGAGGCGGGCGCCAUGCAUCGUGAUGAUAUCGUAUCCAAGCACAUACAAGGAUUGUGGACCUCGUAUGAUACUGUUAUGAACAAUCCAUCCAUCACACCUGAACUGCGACUGCUUCAACUCAAGAACGGCCAACGUGUAGCGAAUCACCGCAGCAACGAGAACUACAUUGUCCCCGCUAGACCGAGUGCCCCAACAACUGAGCAUCCCGAUACGCAAGCGGUGCCGCCAUCUAUGGAAACCUCCACUCCAUUCGAUCCUAGUGACAUGACUUUUGAACUUUUGAGGUUUGAAGAAACGACGGUGAUGCAACCUUUCCAGCGUACGGCUUCUGCUAAUAGAGUGAUGGCGGGUCGAAGUAUUUUCGAUAUCGUGAAGGAGAGGCAAGCAGCUCUAAAGGAGGCAGAUAAGUCGACUUCCGGACCAUAG